AUGUAUGCACCCGUUGUUGCUUCUGCUGCUGAAGUUGCCAGGCGGGAUAAAUCGCUUUCAGUGUGUUUGAAGAGUGCCCUCAGUGCCUACAAGCAGAGUAAAUGUGAGACGUCGUGUCAGCGCUUGCUCGGGGCGUUGGAGGGCGUCUGCUUCUCUCUUUGCUUCGGUGAUGAAGAGUUUAUAAGACGCUUCAGCGUAGAUCGUCACGCCACACUGCUAGUAUCGACACUUGCAAGUGUUUCUCCGUGUGAUUACGGUAAAGUGCGGCCUCUGACGGUGCAAGCACUGUCGUUAUUGGCAGAUCUCGUUCCACGUGGAGGAUUUGCCAUCGCCGCUGCAAAGGGCGUGCAACCGCUACUGCGCCUCGUGAAAGACACAAGGCCCAUAGGUAACGACACGCUGUUGGAGGAACUCUUAAAAUGCAUUAGUCACGUCGCACUUGAGGCGAACAGUCAGAUGGUUUGCAACCACGCUGUCGCGGCAAUUGUGGCUCUUGAGGCUCGAUUGACCACGCAUCACCUACGUAUGCUGUGCCUCAAGUGUCUCUGCCACCUUCUCGGUGCGGCACGGGUGGAGGAGUGGAGCACAUAUCUCGCCAAGCCAUCCAGCAUUCUCAUGGGGCGGUUUGGUCAACAAGUUCAGGAACUCCUUGUUGAUGGGCGGCCUGCUGAACGGUUGACAAAGGAGAACGAGGCGUACUUGCUGCGCCUUAUGGAGUGUGUCGCCAUAGUAUUUGAUCGAAUGAUGCUCUCUGGGGAGAUUAUCCUCAAAAACGCCACUAUUGUGAACGAAGCUGUGCCGGCACUCGUCAGUGUUUUAAAGCAGAUACCGUCUAUGGGUUCACAAGCAGCCGCGUUUCGAGAUGCGGCAUGCUCGCCACUGCUAACUCUAUACCUCACAGACCCAGCUAUUGCGAUUCAAACCUUUCUUAAAUACCACGUCCUAAGCUCUUUGUGUGGUGUCCUUAGCGGAGUGCUCAGUGGUGAUACGAGACAACUUUCAUACAAUGGCGGGGCACUCGCUGAGGCUCUCUUAGGAAAUGAUGUCAAUGCUAUUCCGUGUAUUGCUGAAGAGCAACAAAUCACUCCCCUGCUGGAGUUUCUCUUGACGAUUAUGCCCGGUGCAUUGGUUGCUCAUGAAAGUGACUACUAUGUCACACUGCCCCACUACAUCUGGCAAUGGGAAGACGACUUCCACAAUAAGAGUGAUUGCAGUGAUAGCCUCAGCAAGCGUCUGGAAGAAGAAUACGAAAGACAGCGCAAAUCGCCACGGUUUACACCAUAUGAGGUGAACCAUGCAUCACGUCUUCUUAAGGUUGACUUCAACAAUAUGCAAUAUACAAGUAAGGAACACUCUUCGUACCCUCAUGGUAUCUACCGUCGGUCUAUACUUGCCGGCUACUUACACCGACGACCCAUGCGCUGUACUUGUAAGGAGAGCAACACGUCUUGUUCCCCCGCCUUCGCUUCUGUUUCACCACGGCCGUUUCCGUCCUUGCGUGAGGAGCCCAAAUAUGGGCGUCGUGAAGGAAAUGCAGCUAGAGGAAUAUCAGCCAUGACAGUAAAUGGGGCGGAGGAAGAGGCUUUAGCUCUAAACGAUGCCGGGGAGAUGGCGAGAGGCAUUCCGUCACUGCAUGACGCACCCAGCAGGGGGUUUAGGCAGCUGAACGGAGACACGAAUGGACGCUUGGUGGAAGGAGACGGCGUGUGCUGCUGCUGUGUUGACGUAACACACUGGCGUAGAGGAAGAAAUCCUGGCGUGAAUAAAGGUACAAACUGGGGCGAAAACAACGACAAAUCUGAUGCCGCAACCCGAGAUUUGCUUCGAGAUGUUCGUGAGGAGCUUUUGCGUAGUUCAUUCUCCCGCAUGCAGUUUUUGCAGGGCCCGGUAAUAAAAGAGGUGAUUUCAUGGUGUUUACCUGUUCUGAUCACGGUGAUUAAGCGCACGGUGUGUCCUAUCAUCGCGCGUCACUGCUCCAUCCUGAUUCUCCGGUGUGUGGAUCUCGUGGCAGAAUUUUUCCGUGUUGGUCGAAAGGGUCGUCGAAGCGAUAGCUCGCGAAAGUUGCGGGACAAACUAGAUGGUUUGUGUCCGAUGCUAGGAAAUGUCUUCUUAUACUUGGCCACCACAUGCAGAUCCUCUGAACAGAUAGUGUCGUGGGUAUAUCCCUUUAGAGAGCUUCACUGUGAUGAAUCCUUUACACAGGCUUUGCUUCCACUAGGGUUAAAGCCACUCUGUCGUAUGCCCUCCAUGAGUCUGGCUUGUGAAACACAGAUGAGCGCGUUAAGUGCAAUGCUUAUUUUGCAGUUCUCAUGUAGGCCCGGGGUGAACCUAUUCACUGAUAACCAGAAGUUCAUUUUAUGCCAAAUAAUCGAGACAUUUUCUGGCGGGAUUGGUCAGCAUCAGUCAAUCCUUCGCAGUGCAGUGUAUGGCAGCACAGGAGCCUAUUUAUGUUCUUUCCACUCCACAGCGGAGUCCAUAGAAGGGGUACGACUGAAACUAAUGGAGCAGGUGUUUGUGCUCAUGCGUGGGGAUGUGGAGGCGAUUAUGCGUGGACUCUUGCUUGUUUCAUCAAGUGUGCAUUCAUCGUCAUUUUCGAAUGCAAGUUACCAGAUGGGUGAAAAUCCAAAUCCUCUUGACUCAGCGAAAGGGACUAUUGCGUCUACCUGUUCGAGUCACUCUAUUGUCACCGACGUCAUGGCGCGCGCUGAAAUGCACAUGGACCACCCUCUGGGAGUGCAGCAGGUGCUCGGCAUUCACGAAUACAUGAAGGGGCGUAGGAAUGACCUGUCCUCUCUCGUGCAUGGGAGCCCUGAGUUUCUCGAUCACCUUGCAGAUACUCUAAGAGAUUCUGUGGCGGAUCCUGUGUUGGAUUUAGAAGCAAGGGAAGCAUUUGCUGACGUGCGAGCGGGCCUUGUACGGGUGAUGAAUGAAGACAUGGAUCUCGCCACUUUGGAAGAAAUAAACGCUGUUGAGCGGCAUCCAACAAGGUUCACGCGCCGCCUUCGUCGCAGCAAAGCCAUGACUGCCAUGACAAAUCGAAUGUGGACGCCACUUCGCGUAAAGUUGGAAGCUGUCGGCAUGACAACUAGUACCUGGUCGCAUUCCUCUUCACGUCGAAGCUUAAUCAUUGACGGGGCAAAGUAUACCCUUCUUGAUGUCCAGGCGGAAAGUUGCGUCUUAAGCAUUCUCCCAACAACACCACUUCACUAUCUCGCAAAAUAUAUACUUUUACAACUGAAUCGACAAUACGCUGAUGGAGGGAGGCGAGACUCUGAACCAUGGUUUAUGCGAAGAUUCCUUUUGCCACGAGGCCUAGAAUUGGGGAAUGCCCUUUCUCUUCCUGAACCUCUGCUUUCCGACAUGGAAGCGACGAGGGAUGGAGAUGAUGAGCUGAGCCCUUCAUUUCCCUCAGUGCCGCACCCAUCCUCGAACAUGACAGAGAGUCGAGGGAGCCUGAGUUCUGGUAUGUUAGCUGUGCCAUUAGAACCGCAGGGGGGAACCUCCGCGAGUGAGCAAGUUUUGUGUGUGGUGUCAGCAGCAGUGCCAGGGAUGGACAAUUUGCAAACGGCUUUUCAAACACCAAAUUCGGUGGGGCGAAUGCCAUUGGGGCCCUUUAGUGAUAAGCCAAAUAUGAUCACUCUAGACAACAUCGUUUUCUUGUGCGAUGGUGAACCUGUGCCAAACCUGUCAGCAUCUGUGUUGGAAGUAUGCAGUAGCCGAUGUUACCCUGAGAUGAUGAAGGAACGUGCCGACACAUUUGGGGAGGGAGAGAAAUUCGAAAGGUACGGAUCACCAAAGGCGAUGCAGCGCGUCUUGUCGCUGUGGACAACAGCACAUACGAUUGAAUACGUCAUCGUGAAGGAACCUGUUAUAAGGAGCUUCAGGGGAAAUGAGACGAGGGGAAUCUAUAAAAACGCUAGCUGCUCACCAAAGGAAGUAUUUGCACGGUUGACGAAUUCUCCCGGACCCCAAUCCUGUUUGGGGUCCGUGGCGAGGCUUUUGGAUGAGCUGAGGCGGAUUCUGCAUGCUUCGGAUGUUAACGUUUGUCAAGAUGAAGGUCGUCUCUGUGCUGCCCUUAUCCACGGCUUUUACAACAGCCUAAGUGCACUCAUGUUGCCACCACUCACUUUUACUGUCCUCGGAGCAUGCAUGAAUGGCCAGAAUAGUCAGCACCUCGCUAGCUACAUUCUCUGGAAUUAUCCACAGGUAUUCGGCUUCGAUAUCCGACGAACGCUAUUGCAACUUCUUCUUUCGGUGCGUCGUGUACCAACUGCUUCGCUGGAGAAAAUGAAAGAAAUUUCAGCGAGGUCAAGCGAUGGGGUCAGUGUGCACGGCCUGGAGUGGAUUAGACCCGACACGAGCAUGCGUAGCACGAAGAAAGUGACGGUUGAGCGGGAAGAUAUACUGGGAAGCGGCGCAAGGGUGCUGCGUGCCCAUGCUAUGUGUCCACUUUCACUGAGUGUUGAGUUCAAGAAUGAGAAUGGCCUUGGUGUGGGACCCGCGAUGGAAUUCUAUAACUUGUUCUCGAGUCAAAUUCAGGAUCAAAAACUUCAGAUGUGGCGAACAGAAGAAUUCACUGACAUAUUGGGUACACCUGCGCGACGCGUGCAACUUCCAUUGCUUCCCGCAGCAUCUCAAACGGCAGAGUCUCUAUCGUACUUUGAACUCCUUGGGCUGUUGGUGGGGCGUGUUCUAAUGGAGGAGCGUGUGGUUGACCUCCCGCUGCAUCCCUGCUUUUUGCGGGGCAUUCUUGGCAACGUCGACAAGAAUCACCUGAGUGAGAUUGAACCAGAGCUGAAUCAGCACCUUGACUGGCUGGAGUCUCUCAAUGCAGAGGAGCUUGAAGCUUGCGAACUCAUGUUUGUGUUACCGCACAGCGACGCAACCAAGGUGGAUGGGGAAAUUGAACUGUGCCAUAACGGAGCCACCAAGCCAGUGAACGCGCAUAACAUCAGCAAAUAUGUCCGGGCAGUACGGCGGUAUUUAUGCACGACUGUCUUCUUUAGACCACUCGCACAUUUCAUGCAGGGAUUGCGUUACACAGUAAUCCCUCAGCAUCUUGAGCUCUUCAGCAUUGGUGAGCUGCAGCUCCUGAUCUCUGGUCCAAAUGGAAAAAUAUGGGAACGCCCCGAGGACCUCAAGCGAGACAUCACAACUGCUCACGGCUACGACAAGAAUUCCCCAGUUGUAGGAUAUUUGUUGGACGUAGUGAGCAACUGGGACGCACCGUUGCAGCGUGCUUUUCUGCGCUUUGUGUCGGGGUCCGCACGCAUUCCCCUCGGCGGUCUGCAGCCGCCCAUCACCGUUGUACGCCGCGCCGUGGGAGUGGGUGAGGACAACGUGGGCAACAUGUCCCCUGCCCGGGAUUGUGUUGAGGGAAAGAGCAGCAGGGCGCUUCAGCAGCUUAUGGACGAGUCGCUUCCGACCGUCAACACAUGCGCGCACUACCUUAAGCUGCCGAGCUACAGCUCCAAGGCUGUCCUGCGGGAUAAAUUGCAGAUAGCUGUAACGGAGGGACAGGAUUGUUUUCUACUCACCUAA